CAUCCUUGCGUUUCUUCUUUCGCUGCGGCUUUCGUGGUUCGUUUUCGAUGGCUCGAGCGCUUUUGAGAUGGCCUCCCUUCUUCCCUUCUCUCAACCUCAAACCUUCCUCCUCCCCUCACUUUUUCCUCCAACUCCCGCAUACCUUUCUGCCCCGUACUGCUCCCACUUUGUCCUUCUUCUCUUCCUCCUCCUCGCCUGCCGCCGCCGCCAACUAUCUCGAUCUCUCCGAUGACGAUCUCAUGGCGCAGUGCGACGUGGGCACCUUCAAAUCAUCAGGGCCCGGAGGUCAACAUCGGAACAAGCGUGAGUCUGCCGUUCGCAUCUGCCACCGCCCAACUGGCGUCAUCGCCCAGGCUGCAGAGGAGCGAUCUCAGCACAAGAAUCGAGCAAUGGCGCUUACUCGGCUGCGUACUAAGUUAGCUCUCAAAGUCAGGAACGCAAUAGACUUGGAAGGAUAUACACCUUCUUAUGAGCUUCUUAAGAUCCUGCCUGCAAAGUCAGCUAUUAGGGGAAAAGAUGUUGGCCCCCAGAUUGGUCCAAACAAUCCUAAGUUUGCUCUUGGAAUGCAAGCUCUGUUAGAUCUAAUAUAUGCUGUAGAAGGCUCUGUUUCAGAAACAGCAAAAGUACUGGGGCUGAGCACUGGUGCUUUGUCAAGGUUGUUGCUGUCAGAUGAUUCCCUUAGAAUUGCAGUGAAUGAAUUAAGAACAGCCAAGGGUCUGAAGCCUCUCAAGUAACCAAUUCUAUAGUGGCGUUGGCGAUUAACGCAUCAGCAAGUUUUAUAUUACCCUUAUCUUGUUUACGCACCUCUAGUAAUUUUCAUCUUAUCCCUCAUCAAAAAUCCUUUUCCCAUGUUCUUCCCUUUCGUUCGGAAACAAGUCUGUUAACACAAACAAGCUGCCAUCUUUGUUAUCAACUAGGUGUAGGAGGCAUGAACAACAUCUAAAAUAAGAAGAGUUGAAUGCUCUACUUCUUUGGAUGCU